AUGUGGGAGCAGGAGUGGACACGAAUUUUCCAACUGGAAGCAAAGAAUCUUAAACAAGGAGACUCCUGGCGUCUGGAGUUAGAUGAAAAUAUCGUGCCUGAUCACCCAAACUCAGGCUGGGAGCAGUAUGACAGGAGUACAUAUGGAAGGUUCAAAUGCACUGGUUGUGGAAGAGGCUGGCCUUCCAGCCGGGCCAUGGUGGUCUUCCACAUGCGUCUGACGGACGGGCAGGGCGUUGUCAGUCUGGUGGAGAAGAUAAGAGUCAAAUGCUAUCAUGAAGAAAUGGGCGAAGGAAACAAGCCAUCCAAACCCAAGAAACAACAUCAUAGACCGACAAUCAGCUGUCAGUGUUUUAUCUCUUCUUCAGCCACCAGCACCACCGACACAGACAAGAUGAACCUGCAGGAGUGGACAGAAAUCUUCCAAAGGAAAGCAGUGGAUCUAAGACAAGAAGACUCCUGGCGUCUGGAGUUUGAUGGCAGUAUAGUGCCUGACAGCCCGAGCUAUGGCUGGAAGCAGUACAUCAGGAACACAUCGGCAUGGUUCCAUUGCACUGACUGUGGAAGAGGCUGGCCUUCAAACCGGGUGAUGGUGGUCUUCCACAUGCGCCUGACAGACGGCAAGGGUGUUGUCAAGGUGAGGCCUUACCGUCAGGACUGCAAGAAUUGCUCCGACCCUCCAAUGGAGAAUCCGGAAAUCACCCCAGAGAACAUCGACAUCCUCCUGGAGAAUCUGGUGAAGAAGAUAAGGGAGAAGUGCUACGGUGAAAACCUGGGCGAAAACAAGUUUUUCAAUAGACUGGAUGUCAAAAGUCCACAUGAGCCUGACCAUUGUGAGGCCUGUAAGCAAGGAUUCUGUACACAGGGUUGAGCUUGUGUUGCUUUACAUUUUGUGGAUUUAAAAUGAUAAUAUUUGCCUCGCACUUUUAUGCCUUAGAUUAUAUUAGAAAGCAUAAGAAUUCACUUCCUCUUAUUCUAAUGUACGCUCUCGUAUAUAUACCUUCUAUAAUCUAUAUCAUAAUCCAAUCUUGGCUUUUAUGCUUAUUCUGGUUGUCUUUAAAAUAUGAAUUAAUCUGCUUCAAACACGCCUUGUAACAAUCAGAAAUGUGAUAGAUAAAUAAAGGCUAUACAAACAAUAAUCUAAACUCAUUUGUGAUUUGUUGGGUGGGUAUUUUUUCAAAAGAUUUAUUUAUUAUUGAAAAUGUAAAUAAGGAACCUACUGAGGGGAUGAAGGCCUGUCAAUUAAUUGUGAUGUUUAAAGUUUCUUGAAGGUAAAGUGAUCUGUAAACAGUACAAUACUUAAAUCUUUAAUGUAAUAUUUGUGCAGGUGAGAGAUUUUAUAAAUGGGAUAUUUUGCAUACUGGAAGUAUUUUUAUGCAUAGUAUCAGCAGCUAAAGUGUCAUACAAGAAGUGAAGUUACUGCAUUUCUAAGAAGAAAUUAAGAAAGAGUGUCACCCACACUUGUGCAGUGUAACUGUUCCUCUGCAAUUACAGGAACGCUACUGAUUCAAUAAAUUUAUCAAAAUACCUAUUGGAAUAAUUUUAUUUUCAUGGACAAUCCUCUGUUAAUUGUGGUUUCAUUUUCAUUGUGAUAUGUUUGGAAGAGAUUGAGUAUUAAAGUUUAGAGAAGAUAUACCCUUUAUCUGUCAAGAAUAAAUCACAUCAGUCACAAUCAUUUCAUGGAAAGAGAUAAAGAAUAUAUAUUUAUUCUAACUUUAUGAGCAACCAUGUAGUUGACAUUUAAACUGCCUCUGUACAUUUGUCAUCAACAGUAGUUCAUUAGAGCACCACUUGUUCAACAUCAAUUAAAUUAAUUAA